AUGCAGAACAUAGAAGGUGAAGAACAAGCACAGUCCCCAAGCACAGUUCAUUCUGAAGGAGAGCAUCAGCAGAAAGGGCAACAACAGGAUACACAAUCUCCAGAGAACAACGAACAAGCUACCCAAGAGAAGGAGAACGUUCAUGCGCAGCAACAGCAGCAGCAGCAGCCAAAAGCUGAUGCAGACACUUCACAGCAAAAGCAGCCAGAACAAGAACAGCAUGAGGCAAAGCAUGUGGCGACAUCUGACAAGCAGGUCAGACAGCCGCAGGUGCCAGAGCAACAAGAGAUCCCAGGCACCGCUCCCGAGCAGCAGCAAGCAGAAGCUGUAGAAACUUCACGGAAAAAGCAGCCAGAACAAGAACAGCUUGAGGCAAAGCAUGGAGCAGCAUCUGAGAAGCAGGUCAGCCAGCCGCAGGUGCCAGAGCAACAAGAGAUCCCAGGCACCGCUCCCGAGCAGCAGCAAGCAGAAGCUGUAGAAACUUCACGGCAAAAGCAGCCAGAACAAGAACAGCUUGAGGCAAAGCAUGGAGCAGCAUCUGAGAAGCAGGUCAGCCAGCCGCAGGUGCCAGAGCAACAAGAGAUCCCAGGCACCGCUCCCGAGCAGCAGCAAGCAGAAGCUGUAGAAACUUCACAGCAAAAGCAGCCAGAACAAGAACAGCUUGAGGCAAAGCAUGGAGCAGCAUCUGAGAAGCAGGUCAGCCAGCCGCAGGUGCCAGAGCAACAAGAGAUCCCAGGCACCGCUCCCGAGCAACAGCAAGCAGAAGCUGAUGCACCACAAGCAGAUGUACCACAAGCAGACACUUCACAGCAAAAGCAACCAGAACAAGAACAGCUUGAGGCAAAGCAUGGAGCAGCAUCUGAGAAGCAGGUCAGCCAGCCGCAGGUGCCAGAGCAACAAGAGAUCCCAGGCACCGCUCCCGAGCAACAGCAAGCAGAAGCUGAUGCACCACAAGCAGAUGUACCACAAGCAGACACUUCACAGCAAAAGCAACCAGAACAAGAACAGCAUGAAGGCAAGGCAGCAGAAGAGGAAGGUCAGCCACAGGAAGACACAGACCCCACAUACGAAUGGAGGAAAGGUAUUUCAAAAGAGCAAGAAGAGACGCUAGAUUCACUUAGUGGUUGGGACCGACAACCUGGCUACUUCGUAAUUGAAAUGCCGAGAGACCUGAAACCAUUGAAAGUUUACGAUGAAGCCUUCACAUCUACGAAAAUUGCGGCCGACAUCGCUCUCUGCUUGAUCCAGAAGCGCAACUUCGAGGUGGACAUCACGCGCUCCAUGACGGCCGCAGAACUUCGGGAAAGAGCGCAGGUCUUCGGAGUCAAGGUCAAGUCGAGACGCAAAGCUGAUUUUGUCGAUGCUAUCAUCUUCCAGAACUGUGACAACCAAUUGAAGGAAGACAUCGAAAAGUCUUCGCAAUAUGGUGGUGGAGAUCCUGGUUUCACAAGUGAGCCUGUGGCAGAUCCUGGUUUCAAAAAUGAGCCUGUGGCAGACCCAUCCGAAUCGGUCGAUCCUGCUCAGCCAAGUUCUUCUGGGGGUUCCCACCCAAGCAAGGAAGCAGAAAAAGGUAGCUCCAGUAAAACACCAAAUCAGGAGGGAGAAAAGCAAGAUGAAAAUCAGGAUAUAACUGACAUGUAUGGGAAAGAUGCUCUUGACAUGCCUGGAAAGGGUGCGGAACAAAAUGUAAGUGCACAUGAUCGUUUCAUGCACUGUGAUCUGGUUGUUCCAGCUGUUGCGCUGAACAAGUUCAAGCAGGUGGAAACUCUUCCAGACACUGCAGAGAAAAAGAGGCUUGAAAACUAUGUCGGGGUUCUGGGAGAAGAUGCUUGCAGGAUGUACAAAAAGUCCAGGCCCCGGUUGUGUUGCCUGAUGAUGGGAGAUUACUUCGAGGACGAAACACUCUUUUGGAAGCAUGCUAGCAUCCAAUUGAAAAACAACCCUGUUGGCGGAAUCUUCACCUUUGAUACCUUCGCUGGAGACAUAUCUCAGGUUGUGGCAAAGAUUCCGAACAACCUUGACCCUUCACGUGGGUCGCAUCCAAAGACGGGGAUCUACGUUUUUAUCCUUCCCACAUCCAGACCUCUGAGCAACAACAAAGUCCACGACCGCCCUGACUUUGAGAACAUCACCAUCGUGUUCCAUGAGUUUCAAAAAAAUGAUCAGGUGGAUGCCAAACCUGAUUCUGUGUUCAUCGUGCCAAAUGGCAAGUUGGGAUCUUUGCCACUGGGGCUCUUGCACUCAGAAGACUACCAGAAAAAGGUUGAUCAGCACGAAGCAGGUGAGAAACACAAGGCAGUCGUGGAAGCCAAGUUGAGCAACAAGAGGACCUUGUUGCAGAGGCAGGUGGACACGCAUGCGAGGAAGAAAGCAAGGUUGGAGGGCAUGACAAGCAAACUUGAGGGACAAGUGUCUGGAUUGACUCAAGACUUGGAAAGCACCAAAGAGGCAGUCGAGCUCUGGAAAACAAUCCUUUCUUACAUCAUAGAUGUUGCAACACAUGGCAGCAAAAAAGACCCAGCCAUGUCUUGGCCAGACUAUUUCAUGACUGCUUUCCCAGCCGAUGCUCUUCCCAAGUUGGGCGACAUUCCCGAGGUUUUCCAGGACAACAUGCUCAGUUUUCCAGAUUGCCUUGAGGCUGUGACAGAGAAGCUGGCGCAACUCAGACAGCAUUUGAAAGCAACUGAAGAGAAUUUGGAGAAACAGAGUGCCUCUCUUGAUCAACUUGCCGGAAAAGCAAAAAAGAAGGAAGAAGACGAGAAGCAAAGACUUGAGAAAUUCAGCAAUCAGGAUCCUGCGAAAAUCAAGACGCUUGACUGCUCUAGGAAGCGAAGAAGACAAAACUAUCACAGCAAGGUGGCUCUGAAAGGAAAGCUGAGGAGAGGCAGGAAGGACGAAGAGUGGGAUGAGAAACCUGCAAAGGCCCGUAGGCCUGUGGGAGGUUUCGUGCCUGAGGAACUACAAAAAGAUCUCGACCGAAUCAUCGCAGAGCACGUGCUAGGCCAAUCGGAGGUGACUGAACGAAAAGAAGUAGAGACAUCGGCAAACAUUCUGAUCGAGAAUUGGAACAACGCUUUGCCAGAGACAAAGCCACUGAUCGAUGCGCAAAAUGCGCAGUUCAGGGAAAUGUUUGCCAAGGGCCAGCUUUCAAUCUCAGGUCUUUCAAAGGUCCUUUUGCCCUCUCCAGAGCCUCUUAAUUAUGUCACAGUGCCAUGGUGCAAGCAUUUCAUCAAGAGUUGGGGUUGGAGCUUGUUGUCUGCUUCCUCAGAGCAGGCAAGUUUACCUUUCAAUCACCCAGACAUGAAAAUGUACCGGGAGCACUACCAAGAUUUGUUGAAAGAUGGCGUACACCCGUACAUGGUACUAAAUUUUGAUCAGCUGUGGAGAUGUGCUUUCAGUUGGGAUGGCAAGAUGCAGUGGAAAGAAAGAGGUUCCAUAGGAAAGCGAGGAAGGAAGAGACGCGCACCGCGUCAACUUGACAAGAAGAGGCAUGCG